AUGCUUUUCCAAGAUCUCUUUUCUUUCCGAACAGUAACCAGCGAAGAAGUACGCCGUGUCAUUGCAUCCCUGCCAUUGAACGACGAAUCCCCUGGACCAGACAAUAUAAACUCUCGAAUCCUCAAAGACUGUCUCCUUGUUAUACUAGGAUCCCUAACAUACAUAAUUAACUGCUCUAUAACCUUUCAUACAUUCCAUACUGCAUGGAAGGAAGCGGAAGUGAUUCCUAUAGUGAAAGACGGAGACUACGAAGUAGCGUCAAACAACCGCCCGAUAUCUCUUCUUGCCAUAGCUUCUAAGGUUUGUGAAAAAAUUGUUCUUGAACAAUUCAGUAGCCACCGAAUAAGCAAAAACCUGCUCUCCCCUCAUCAAAGCGGAAAUAAAAAACACCAUUCCACAGAGACCCUGAACAUUUUUGGUACCGACACGAUGCUAGAGGCAAUGGGCAAAAAGGAAUUAGUAUUAUUAGAUAUCUCGAAAGCCGUCAACAGUAUUAACCAUCACAGAUUGUUACACAAACUAGUGAAUGUCGGUGCUUCCCCAGCAACAGUACAGUGGUUUAAAGACUACUUGUCGGAUCGCUUUCUGUCCACCCGAAUCAACUCCACCCUAUCUGAUCUACUACCAAUUACUCAUGCACGGAGUACCCCAAGGUGCGACGCUUUCACCAUUAUUAUUUUGUAUUUACUUGAACGAUCUUCCCUCCGUAUCUCGUGA